UUACUUACUGUAUAAUUUGGAUUAUGGCGAACAGCAUGAAAAGGCUUUGGGAUUAUAGAAAUUAUGUAAUUGCCAUCACCACACCUCUUCUGAUUCUGCCUCUGCCUGUUGUUGUCAACACUUCAGAGGCUAAGUGUGGCUUUCUGCUCAUCCUAAUGGCUGUGUACUGGUGUACAGAGUGUCUGCCACUGGCAAUAACUGCUCUCCUGCCUGUUAUCUUCUUCCCUUUGCUGGGCAUCAUGACUGCUGAACAAGUCUGUCUGCAGUACUUCAGUGACGGUAUCGUGCUGGGAUUGGGUGGGGUUGUGGUGGCAAUAGCUGUAGAACAGUGGAAUCUUCACAAACGCCUCGCCUUGGCUAUACUUUUGGUGGUAGGGGUGAAACCAGCACUGUUAAUGUUGGGGUUCAUGAGCAUCACAGCCUUCCUCUCCAUGUGGAUCUCUAACAUAGCCUGUACGGCCAUAAUGCUACCCAUUGUGCAUGACAUCCUGGAGCACCUCAGGACAACUGAGGCAGAGAAUGAUGAGAGAGAGCUACAGAAGAGCAGGGCCAUACAGAGUUCACAAAGGCAUGAGACCAGGGAUGGAACUGGCAACUUUCAAGAGUGGAAUCCUAAAGAACUGUUAAGUGAUGAGCAGAAGUAUCAGAGUCUCCGAAAAGGAAUGAGUAUGAGCGUGUGUUAUGCUGCCAGCAUUGGAGGCACGGCCACCCUCACCGGCUCCAUACCCAACCUCAUACUCAAAGGCCAGCUUGACAAGAUAUUUCCAAAGAAUGGGGAUGUAAUCAAUUAUGCCUCCUGGUUUGGGUUUGCCUUCCCCAACAUGCUACUGAUGUUGAUCCUCUCUUGGCUACUGCUGCAUUUCAUGUAUUUGGGCUUCAAUGUAAAGAGCACAUUUGGUUGUGGAAUGACCAGAGGCAGUCAGCAAGCAGUUUAUCAGGUGAUGAGGCAGGAGUUCAAAAAGCUUGGCAGCAUGAGCUUUGCAGAGUCCUCCGUGCUCGUGCUUUUCAUACUACUAGUUCUAUUGUGGUUUACAAGGGACCCCGGCUUUAUACCUGGCUGGGCCUCGCUACUCUUCAAGCAGGAAAAAAUGUUUGUGACAGAUGCCACAGUCUCCAUUUUGAUAACAUUUUUGUUUUUCAUAAUCCCCUCUGAAUUUCCAAGAUGUUGGCAUGCUGGUUCUUUAGACAUAACAGACAGGAGUAAAGGAGAAGCUCCUGCCACUCUGCUAACCUGGCAUGUGGUGCAAAAAGUGCUGCCCUGGAAUAUCCUUCUGCUGUUAGGGGGAGCUUUUGCACUUGCUAAAGGCAGCGAGAUAUCCAACCUGUCUAUGUGGCUUGGACAUACUGUAUUACCUUUGGGAAGCAUCCCACCGGUUGCCCUCUCCUUCGUGCUCUGCAUUGUGGUGACCAUGCUUACUGAAAUUUGCAGUAAUACCGUAAUCAGCUCUGUGAUCCUUCCCAUCCUGGCCUCCAUGGCAAGUGCUCUUAAAGUACAUCCACUUUCCAUCAUGCUGCCCCCAACCAUCAGCUCUUCAUUUGCCUUUAUGCUCCCAGUGGCCACACCACCCAAUGCCAUUACAUUUACCUAUGCCAACCUCAAGAUCAUGGACAUGGUAAAACCUGGACUUGUGCUGAACCUCCUGGGGGUAGUCUGCAUUAACCUUGCUGUCCAAACUUGGGGUGCUGCAAUUUUUCAUUUAAAUGAGUUCCCUGAAUGGGCCAAUGUCACUAACUCCCAGACUCCAUAACUAAACACAUCUUUAUGCUUUUACCAGCCUACCUCUGCACAGCAGAAAAAAAAGCAAAACAACACAGAAAGGACUAAUUAACAAGGCUGUAAACUGCAAAGAAGGAUGGAUUCCAACUGUGGAAAAAGCACAUCUUUCCAGUUUUUGAGCUGUAGCCUUUUUUAAAGGCAGAAUAAUUUUUGUCUCAUUUACGGGACAUUAAUCCGGUCAUAUAUUACACUGGCUUGUUUACUGGUUACACUAAUCCAAGGGACAAGUUGUGCUGGGCAUAAAUGUACCUGGACAUUUUAGGUGUGGGAACAUACUUUUUCUUCUGAUUAACUGAUGACCUUGCUGCUUUUCCUGUUACCAAAGUUCAAUCUAAAAUUAUAUUCUUCAAAUUCAGGUUUUUUUGGCCUACUGUCACUUACUGUACAUGGGCAGCACAAUCAAACUUGUUAACUGUAAUCAUUUUACCUUGAACAGGUAAUCCUAAAGUCCUGUAAGCAUGUCAUCAAUAUUUAUGAAAGGAUGCAUAAGCAUAGUUAUGGACAGUACUCCAUACACAGUAUAUUUUUGAUUUACAAGUACUCCAUACUAGGUACUAGGUACUUAUCUAGGUCUACUAAGCAAUGGUCCAGUUGUUUUUUUCCUUAGCCCAAGUGAGAUGAUUUGAUGUUGUCUUUGAUUUAGUAGGGCCUUAAGAAUAAGAAUGCAAAAGGUGUUUUCCAUUCUCUGACUCCGGCCUCAUGCAACUCCUUGUGAAGCUCGCCAAAGCUCUCUCAAUUGGCUUUGAUUGACAAUCUUCUGGCGGCACGAUGAUGUAGUUAGCACUGUUGCCGUGCACCUCCAGGGUUCGCGUUCGAUUCCCGGCCAGGCUUGAUUCCCGUCUCUGUGUGCAUGGAGUUUGCUUGUGCAUGUGCUCUGUGUGCAUGGAGUUUGCUUGUUCUUGCUUGGUGGGUUUUCUCCGGGUACUCCGGUUUCCUCUCACAUUCUAAAGAUAUGCAGGUUAGGCUAAUUGGCAUUCCCAAAUUGCCUGUAGUGUGUGAGUGUGGUGUAUGUGUGUGUGCCCUGCGAUGGAUUGGCACCCUGUCCAGGGUGUACCCUGCCUCGUGCCAUAAGCAUUUACAUUUAGGCAUUUGGCAGACGCUCUUAUCCAGAGCGACUUACAAAAAGUGCUUUAAUGUUUACAUAAUUGGAUACAUACUUACACUGGGUUAACUAGGUUAAUAACUAAGUGCCAUUAGCCCAACACAACUAAGAAGAGGGUUUUUUUUUUUAUUUUAUUUUUUUUAUAAGCCUCCUGGGAUAGGCUCCAGGUCCCCACGACCCUGAAUGCAAGAUAAAGCUUUAUAAAAGAUGUGAGAAAUAAAUUUUAAACCAACACUCUGCAAACAACAAUCCCCUUCAUCGAUGACAUUCUUACCCUGCUUGUUGAGGGUGUCCAUGAUUGUAUUCUUGGACAACUGUAAAGUCACCAGUCCUCCCCAUGAUUUUGGUUGUGUGCACUAAACUAGGGGUGAGGGGUAGCUCAGUGGAAGAUCCCAGGUUCAAACCCCACAACCACCAAGUUGCCACUGUCGCCGUCACCCUUGGCUUGCUCAUCAGAGACAUUUCAUUCAUCAUUCAUUCAUUUCAUUAUUAUCUAGACACAUUUUUCUCACACAUACACACUUCCACUUCUCACACACUCUUUUCUUUUCUAAAAAAAAAAAAAAAAAUCUUUAAAUUUUUUUUUUGUGAAGCUGCUUUGGGACAAUGACCAUUGUUAAAAGCGCUAUAUAAAUAAAAUUGAAUUGAAUUGAAUUGAACUCAAUUCAAUUGGGCCCUUGAGCAAGGCCCUUAACCCUCAACUGCUCUGAUGUGUAAUGAGAUAAAAAAUGUAAGUCGCUCUGGAUAAGAGCAUCUGCCAAAUGCCUAAAUGUAAACUAGACUGUGAGAUAGAUGGUAUUUAUAGUUUAUGAAUAGUACUUCAAAAUUAAAUAUUGCAAUAUUUUAAAAUAUUAACUUUUUUGUUGUAAGUUAUAAUUAUUGUAAUUAAAAACUUUAAAUAUUUAGUUACAUUUAAUGAAUUAAGAAAACAUGAGUUUCAUAUUUGAAUUAAAUUUAGUAAAAAAAAAAAAAAUUCCAUAAUAUUCUAAUUUAUUGAGAUGUACUGUGAUUGUAAUAUCCAAGAACAAGCUGGUAUGCUGUAUUUGUUUUAGACAUUUUAAUUCUUUGGCAUUUUAAACAGACCUACACCAGUUUCUAUGUACAAAGUGAGAAACUUCCCACACUCCUACCUGGUGUUGUACGGUUUAACCCCUAGAGGGCGCCAAAGCGCCCAAAGACUCUGCUUUGUGUUGUGUUUAAGUUGUUUCCCAUGGAGCACCUCGGUCAGGUGAGGGGAGCACGCACCUGAGCUGAGGUGACUAAUUAGAUUAAUUAUUAUAAAUAGCCUGUUUUAGUUCAGUUUAACGUGUCGCAUUUGUUAUUGUUAUUUUGAUUUUUGGUUGUUGCUUAGUUUAAAAUACAAUGAUAUAUUAAAGUUCUCA